AUGGCUGUUCCUUCGCACUUGAGGCACCAGCAGCAGCUGCUGCUGCAGAUUCUGCUGGUGCUAAGUUUAAAGGAGCUGGCGGAGGCUUUGGGGGGAUUCCCGCCCUACCAGCUAGUGGGGCCCACACAGCACACGAGCCAAGCGCCUUUCUGCUGCCGCAGCCGAUCCGUCGCCUUCCAUGUGUAUCCCUCUACAUCUGUUGCUGCUGUAUGCAGCAGGAGUACCAGCAGCAACUGUGGCCACAACUGGCGCCGCAUCAGCAACUGCAGGGAACACCCCUGGCUGCGAAAAUGCUCGGCCCCCUGCAGGAUUCUGUCCAGGAACAGCAACAGCACUGCAGUAAAUGGCAUUCCGCACUUCUACCGCUGGCUAUGUAAUCAGUUCCCCACUUGUGUGCAGCCCCUUCAAAGAUAUGUUUGGCGCGGGCUGGCGCGGCAAAGUGACAGCAGCAGCACGAGCAGCAGCAAAACAAGCAGUAGCACCAGCAGUAGUAGAGCUGCUAAGGAUAUUGUGAGGGAACGGAUGCUACAGCAACUUCAAAGGGAGGAAGAAUUGCUGCUUCAGCAAUUUCAAAGCACGUUUGGUGCAGCAUCAGCUGCAGCAGGCGCCGAUUUCAGUUUGCUGCAGUGCAACCUAGAUGAGCAGCAACAGCAGCAAAUACCCAUUGAUGCGCUGCUGAUAGAUUUUAAUGCUUUACUACACCUCUGCAUACACGGCCACAUUCCGGACUCUCCUGCGGUGAGUCUGCUGCAGCAGCAGCAACAGCUGCUGCAGCCACUUUUGCAGCAACAGCACCUGCCGCUGCUUUUGCAGCGAGUCUUGUCGUACCUUGACUUACUUGUCAAGCUUGUGAGGCCCCGCACCCUCCUGUGCGUCACUCUGGAUGGGGUUCCUCCUGCUGCGAAGUUAGCACAGCAGCGCAGCCGGCGAUUUCGGCAGCAGCGGGAGCAGCAGCAGCGGCAGCAGCAGCUACAGCAGCGGUCUUUGUUUCAAGACGAUACAACCGUUCCAACAACUGCACUCCUGUCAGCCUCUAUAGCAGGCACUUCACCUGAUGCAACUGCAGCAGCAGCAGCAGCAGCAGGGAUCGCCACUGCAGCAGCAUCAGCGGCAACAACAGCACCGGCAGGAGAGGACAACCGGUUUGACACAAAUAGCAUAGGGCCUGGGACCCAUUUUAUGUUUGUUGCAGAGAGCACACUGAGACGCUUCAUUGCGUACAAACAGCGCAGCAGCAAAGUUUGGGGCGCAAUGCGUGCCAUAGUCUUCAGCGGGGCUGAUGUGCCUGGGGAAGGUGAGCACAAAUUGAUGCAGUUGUUGACCAGGGGUAGCUGGGCGUCUCCAAACGCUGCUUUGGCAGAAGCGUGGAGCAGUGAGGUGCAGCAGCACCAGCAGCAGCGGAAAACGCUGCAGCACAGAAGGAAGAAACAGCCAGCAGCCAGGUUUCGCGUGCUCCUGCCGCCGUCGUUUGAGGAGUUAACUGCUGCUACGAGUCUGCACGUGACGCGAGCAGCAGCAUCAUCUGCUGCUGGCGUCGCCUUUCCCGUUGCUGCAGACUCACCAACAGAUAAGGUAGCGCCACCUGGUGAAACUGCAUCUGACAAGCCCUCGAUGCAGCAACAGCAGCCGCAACAGCAGCAGGACCUUUCCGAGCUGCUGGUCGCGCUUCCUGGUCGUAUUUGCCUGUACGGGCUAGACGCAGACUUACUGGUGUUGGCGUUGGCUCGGCAGCGACCGGGGUUGCUGAUCUUGAGGGAGAAGCAGCGGUCUCUUAGAGGCACACGCGCAGCAGCAGCAAGGCAAGUGCUGCUGCGCAUUCAAGACGCUCUACGGAGCCAGCAGGAACAGCAGCAAGGACAGAAAGAGCAGCAGGAACGGCAACGACAGCAAGACGCACAGCCUCAUGCACAAAGUGAACCAGGCAACGGCGAAGGGAAGGGGAGGCAACAAGACCAACAAGGGGAGCCACAGCAACAGCAGGAGGGGCAGCAACCUGCAUCUAAUGGUUUUUUGCUGCCUGCUACCGGUGAUUUCCUGCGUUAUACAGCGAAGGACUUCGAAGUUGUGUGUAUUGAUUCUCUCAGACACCAGCUUGUUCGCUCUCUUGCCACCGCAGCAGCAAAUGAAGCAGGAAUCGCAGCAGCAAUAGCAGCAGCGGCAGCAGAACCACAAAGGCAAGCCACCGGUGCAUCAAUACAAAGCACGGCUACAGCAGCGUCGCGUGUAGGCCUGCGAAAGAAGCCGCCAGAAGCCAUUAGAGGCGUACGACGCGUAGGACUUGCGGCUCCUUCGUGCCAGAUUCCCCUGGGAUCCUUAAGGGGGAUCCCGCGUGGGUCCUUUUUGGGGGCAUCUCUGCGUCAAUUACAAGAGCUGGAGGCAAGCCGUCUGGUGGACGACUUUGUGCUUCUUUCGUUCUUUGUGGGAAAUGAUUUUUUGCCUGCACUGCCUCACAUAAAUAUUUACGCUGGGGGCUUUUCAUGGUUGUUGCAAUUGUACACAAGGGCCCUCCCAGUGCUAGGGGGCCCCCUGACCCGCAAGACCCAGAUCCAUCUCCCGAGGCUCAUACGAUUCUUCGCUUUAAUCUCUCACCAGGAAGGGCCGCAUUUUGAGCCAGGGGGACCGCCAGGUCCUCUGAGAAAAGAACGUGCAGCAGAAUACUACGCGGCUAAAUUUCCGCUGCAGGACCUCGCGGCAGCGGAAGGCCGUGGAAGCUUCCUUCCCUCCGGUGAUGCUGGAAGCCACGAGGAAGGAUCACUAGGAGGGAGUCCUUCAUCAGCUACGCGUCUUCCUGGAGUGCCCUUUGGGGUGUUCCGUCACGAGCUUUGCGUGAAGUAUAUUUCAGGACUGUUCUUUUUGCUACAUUAUUACCACAGUGGGACCCCUUCUUGGUCUUGGGAGUUUCCCUACAACUACGCACCUCUGGCUUCAGAUUUGGGGGCCCUGAGGGCUCCAAAGCUUCGGAUUACUCUCCCCCACGCUCAGCCUAUCUCACCGUAUCAGCAGCUACUCGCCGUGCUUCCCCCUAGCAGCACAAGGCUACUGCCAGCGCCUUACAGGCGACUGCAUGUGGCCCCGAACCAUACCGCCAUUGAGACAAUGUUUCCUUCCUCCUUCUUGGUUGACCCCUGUCCACUCCAGGCAAUUCCUUACCCUGGAAAGGCUUCAGAGCUCUCCGAAGGGGCUUCUAUCCCUACAUCGGACGACACUGAAGCAAGUGCAGCAACUGCAGCAGUUGCUGCGGCGAUGGACGAGGGCAAACAGGCUCUCGAAAGGGCCCUGAAGCGAGUCCCCACGAAAGAUAAAUCAGCACAGCUUCCCGAGUGGCUUCACCGUCCCAUAAUUCCCUUCUUAGAUCUGAAAUGGCUGCGUAGUGCAGCGGCUGAGGCCGUGGAGGCUAGUCUCGAAAAUGGGGCUAAGUGGUCCCCAGAAGACUAUUUUCGGAAUCGACUCGGAAGGCCCCAUAUUUUCGUUUCGCCUAGACAGUCGAGAAGUGCAGAAAAGCCAAAUAAACGGCAAUCUACGAAGACACGAACUAAGAGGCCCAUCUAA